AUGGGGAGGGGAAGGGUUCAGCUGAAGAGAAUUGAGAACAAGAUCAAUAGGCAAGUGACUUUCUCUAAACGCCGAUCUGGGUUGCUCAAGAAAGCUCAUGAGAUCUCUGUCCUGUGCGACGCAGAGGUGGCGUUAAUUGUUUUCUCUACCAAAGGAAAGCUAUAUGAGUAUGCUACGGACUCUUGUUGCCCUUUAGUUNUGACUUUCUCUAAACGCCGAUCUGGGUUGCUCAAGAAAGCUCAUGAGAUCUCUGUCCUGUGCGACGCAGAGGUGGCGUUAAUUGUUUUCUCUACCAAAGGAAAGCUAUAUGAGUAUGCUACGGACUCUUGGGGUAAUCAAGUUCCCCAACAGUGUAUAGGAGCUAUGAAGUCAUUUCAGGCUCUACAUAGUAAAGUUGGCUAA